AUGUUGAAUCGAAGUUGGGGUGUCGAACUUUGGGAUCAAUUUGAUAAUGUUGCUAAAUAUGCUGAGAAAAGUUUACAAUUCUGUGAAAAAUAUGAAUCGUUUCUUAAAGAUCGAUGUAUAGUUGAAGAUGAAUAUGCGAAAGCAUUAAAAAAGCUAACAAAAACUUAUACACCAAAAUUAAAAGAACACGAAGAUUUUUAUAAUAAAUUUACAUAUACGCUUGCAUUUUGUUCAACAUUAAAAGAACUACAAGAUCUAGCUUCACAGCAUGAAUUAAUAGCUGAAAAUAUUCGUGAGCGUUCAAUAAAACAAAUACAGAUAACAGUAAAAGAAUGUCGAGAACAAAGAAAAAAAUGUUUGGAUGAAUAUGCAAAAAUAAAACGUCAACUUGAUAAACAACAUGAAUUAAUGAUUAAAUCGUUACGAAAAUAUGAAGAAUGUCAUGAAUCAGCACGUCGAGCAAAAGAAAGCUAUGAAAAAGCUCACGAAGAUCUGGAUUUAUCUCGUGCACAAUUAGAAAAAGCUCGUGAUACAAUGACGUCAAAAUCAAAAAUAUGCGACGAUGCACAUACAAAUUAUUCGUCUCAUGUUUCUUUAUUUAAUGAAACACAAAGUUUAUUUUAUGAAAGACAAUUACCAAAUAUUUUAUCCGAGUUACAACAAUUAGAUGGGAAACGUUCCGAGGAACUUAAAGAUGUUUAUAUUAAAUUUAUUCAAUCACAUGCCGAAGUUCUACCGCGUAUACAACGAUGUCUAGAUGAAAUGACAAAGCAAACCGAACAAUUGAAUGCAAAUACAGAUGCACAUGCUGUUAUUGAAGAAUAUAAAUCUGGUUAUGCGAUACCCGAUGAUCAAAAAGAGGUUGAUUUAGCCAUUGGUGAUUAUUCAUCAAUGUUAUUGAAUGGAUCUAGUAAUGGGCAAGAUCAACAGAUAUAUAAUAUUACUCUACUUAAUCAUCAUCAUCCAACAGGAGAAUUAGCACGAUCAAAUACAUUAAGAAGUUCGGGUAGUGAUCAUAGUAGUCAAAACGGUGUAGCAACCAUUUAUGCCGUCGGCAAUGCUAGUGGUAAUGUAAACGGAACACAAACAUUAAUGGCAACACCAGCAAUGGGUUUAAGAAAACCCGGAGCGAAUAAAAGUGGCGGAACAGCGAGUACGAUAAGAAAAAUUUUUGGAAGUUCAUCACAUAGAAAACCAACAAGUAAUGGAAAUUCCAAUUCAUCAAUAUCCAACACACCCUAUAGUACAUUGCCACCAGCACAGCGUUUGAAAAAAUUUCAAGAACAAAUUACGACUUGCAAAACUGAACUAGAAAAAAAACAAAAAGCCAAAGAAGGCCUAACAAAAAUGAGACUUGUUUUCCAAGAAAAUCCAAAAUUUGGUGAUGAACAAGAUGUAACACAACAAAUUAUAGCUAUCGAUGAACAUAUUGAAAAAUUAAUAGCAGAAAUAAAACGAUUUGAAUCUUACAUAGCUGAAAUCGAACGAACACGAGCUCCCACACAAUCUGAGUAUGAAUCAACAUGCCAGUUACGAACCAAUUAUGGUUCUGAUCAAUCAAUAAGUAACAAUAACAAUUCACAAUCUAGUACACCAUCACAAAAUCGAAGCCCUCCAGAUAUUCCUGAACAGAUAACAUCCCCACAUGAUUAUCAUCGAUUACCGUCCAUGAGUUCACAUCAGAAUGAUGCAACAGCAAGAGUAUCAACUCAUACUCUACAUAAUGAUGAACACAACGGUUCUUUUGAGGACGAAGAAAUGGAUGAUGAACACAUACAUGCUAUUGAUCAUUCCGAUAGACAAUAUAAACAACAACUCAAUGUUGGAGCGAUGACUAAAGCGUAUGCACUGUACGAUUUUAAUGGUCACGGUGUAAAUGGUUGUCAAUAUGUAAAUGCAGCAUCAAUAUAUGUUGGCGAAUGUCUUGAUAUAUUAGAAGAUGAUCAAGGCGACGGAUGGACACGUAUACAAAAACAUGAUGGUACAACGGGUUUUGUUCCAUCAUCUUAUCUUCGUAUUGAUUCUCAACAGCAUCUCAUAUCUUCCCAUCAAAUUGAUUCCGGCCGUUUUUGA